AUGAAUAUAGAUGUCAACCCUAAUGACCAUGCAGAUGAAAAUUUGCAGGUUUCAUCUACUGUUAAAAUUCAAACAUAGUUAGAAACAAUUCAUUAGAGAACAAAGUAAUUCUCCUCAAACUUUGACACAAUAAUAUGUACUGCAGGAGGCUUUGACGUCGGAAAUAUCAAAGAUAACGACUUGUUUGAAAAAUACGAGAAGCUCGAUAGAAUGAAUGCAUAGAGUGCACUUUUAACUGGUCAUUUAGCUUCAAGAUAUUUAGCAGAAUAGGGUUUUCUUUGCAUUACAGGGGCUGCAGCAGUCUUUGAGGGUCCAGUAAACUAUGCUUUCUCAUAUGGUAUGACAAAGCAAGCCACUCAUUCCUUGGUACUUUAAUUAGCUGAAAGAGUUGAUGUGCCAAAGACUUCAGAUGUUAUAUGCAUUCUACCAACAAUGAUUGAUACUAAAGCAAACAGAGAAUCGAUGCCAGAUGCAGAUAAAUCAACGUGGCUUCCACCUGAUAAGGUAGCUGAUCUAUUGAGAGCUUGGGCUAACGGCGAAAACAGACCCUAGAAUGGUUCAUUUGCGAAAUUAACAUUCAAGAAUGGAUCUGUUAUUCCUGAAUUUCUAUGA